GAACCUUUACUGUGGCUCAUCAGCUGUUCGGAGAGAUUCCAAUCGAUUUGUUUUGUUUUUGAUUUUUGUUGGCGUGUUAGAUGGUUAUGGGCUCCCGGAGGUUUCUAUCAAAGGGGUUGAAGUAUGCCAAUUUCACGCCAACCAACUUUAAGCUGAAACGAGCGCUGGUGGUCACCAAGUUAUCGCGCUAUGAGUUCGAACAGCUACGUCAUCCCGAGCUCUCGCGGGAACAGCUGGAGCAGAAGCUGCGGGACCGUGGCACCGACGUCGAUAUGGUUCUGUACCUUCACAACCUGCACAAGGACUUCGAGAAGCGGGUCGUGCAGAGCUUCCAGGACGUGGGCUGCGAAGUGAAGCUGGCCAGCAGACUUGAAUUUAGAAGCUCCUUGAGCAAGGAUGUCAUGAGAUGGGCGGAUCUCAUCGUACCGGUGGGCGGAGACGGCACGUUCCUUCUAUCCGCCGGUCGCGCCAGUCCGCUUUUCGCACUCAGCCAACAGAAGACGCCAAUCGUGGGCUUCAAUUCGGAUCCGCUGCACUCGGAGGGGCGGCUCAUGCUGCCCAAACAUUACUCCGACAAUCCCGCCGACGCUGUGGCUCGCAUUAAAAGCGGCGACUUCAAGUGGAUGCAUCGGUCAAGGGUGCGCACAACGUUUCUGGGAAACAAUGGCAAGAUCCCCGAAUCAACGGACCUCUUUCGGCAUACUGAAGUGAAGAUGGAACAGGUGACUACCAAGCCCGAACUUCUGGAGAAGGACAUGGCACGAAAGUACAAGGCCAAAAUGAAGCGUGUUCUUCCCUACUUGGCUCUCAAUGAGGUAUUUAUCGGGGAACACCUCUCAGCCCGAGUUUCCCAUCUGCAGCUGGUGCUGGACCACCAGGAUCUGAUAAACAAGACAAAGUGCUCGGGGCUCUGUGUCAGCACGGGCACGGGCUCAACGUCCUGGCACACGAGCAUCAAUCGGAUCACCAGCCGAUACGUGGAGGAUCUUUUGCGUUCGCUGCCGAAUAGUAGUUUGCCGGAAGUGGCGAAACUGCUGGAGAACACGGAGGAGAUCGCCCAGCAGUAUAACCGCAACCUGCUCUUCGCACCCGAUGAUCCGCGGCUCUGCUACUCGGUGCGGGAGCAAAUCUGCGUGGGAGUUUGGCCCAUGCCGAAGACCUUCAAGGAACGCGACUUUGUCCAGAGUGUGUUCGUCAAGUCGCAUUGCCUCGAUGCCAACCUGGUCAUAGAUGGCAGCAUUAUGUAUCCCUUCAACGACGGCGCUAAGGCCUUGCUGGAGGUUCAUCCCGAGGAUGCCCUGCUGACUAUAGCCCUAGACUGAUGACCGACGUGUACAGUGAUGCGUCCCAAGUGCCUGGUUUUCUAGCCUUAGCUAGCAUGUCUGAAUUUUUGAAAUUAUUUUAGUAUGCAUUUUGCAACUACUUAAGCGGCAGGUAUGACACUGCAUUAAAAAGUUAUUUAACUACAGGGUUUCAUUAGAAACUAGAAUUAACAACAAAUUUAAUGCCGUGUCAUAUGUGCAUAAUGCGGUGUAAGCAGUGUAAGCUUCAAAAUAAUUUUGCUAUAACAUAAACGUAUAUUUAAAAAUCACUUUUUCAUUUUUCUCUG